CCUGCAGUACCAGUGGUCCUCUGACACGGACCUUUCCAGCAUUUCGUCUCCAGAGACCCUCUCGCCUGUCCUGUCCAUGGACUCCAGCUUCUCCCCUAACUACCAGCARCCUCCACAGUCCACCCCCAAAGCAGCCAAGUGCCUCAAGCCCUCACCUUGCUCCCUGCCUGGACGAGGUCGGAAGACGGGUCGGAGCACCCGGAUUCGCAGCAAGCAGAGGGAGAGCGCCAGUGAGAAGGAGAAGCUGAGGAUGAGGGAUCUGACCAAGGCUCUGCAUCACCUCAGGUCCUACCUCCCGCCUUCAGUCGCACCUGUCGGACAGACACUGACGAAGAUAGAGACGCUCCGUCUCACCAUCCGCUACAUCUCCCACCUGUCAGCGCAGCUGGGCCUGAGUGAGGAGGUGCUAUUUCAGAGGAGGGAACAAGUGGACACCUCAGCCAGCGGCACGUCCUCUCCUGACCUCAUUAGCUACUUUCAAAACUCCUCCGCAGGAGAAYACGUGCAGAGCCAGAACCCGUUCCAAGGCCUGUGCCACAGCCAGAACAGACCACUGCAUCCUGGACAUUGUGGUUUUGGAGUGAAUCAGUUGAGGACGCAGUAYGCUGAAGGCCCUCAGGGAGACGUGAGCGUGGAUGCARCUCUGCGGUCRCCUCCAGCAUCCCAGCCCUCUUGUCAGAUGUGUGGUAAAGACUUCUGCAUCCCACUUGUUCCAAGAGACUACUGGGGCUGACCUCUCAGUGACCACAGACCCAAACCCCUUCGGUGAUUUCACUGUGUCAUUGCAAAUCCAGUAACUUAUUUUGAAUAUAUGCUUUUCUACCUUUUAUUUAUUUUGUCCUAUUAAAUAUACCU